CCUACCUAUUUUUGAAAUUUUGUAUAAAUUUUGUUGAUUUGUAAUUUCCAUAUGUUCUAUUUCUAAGUGAUUUCUAUAAGAAAUUUCAUAUAACCAUGGCUGUUGAGAAUGUAACACUUCCAAAGAAAUCAAGACUGGAAAUGAAUGUACGGCAACUGCUUAAUAAAUGUGAAUUGAUUGCAAAACAGGAACCGAUAGAUGUAAAUUGCAGAUUAAAACAAUAUGUGAAAUCUCUUAACGAUAUGAUAACUGAACUUAAAACUGGUCCCGAAAAACCUGCCAAAGAUGUUUUAGCAGAGUAUACUAAGCGAGCCACUUUCUUAAAAGGGUUAAUUCAAACAGCUACUCUGAAUAGUCCAAUAGAAAAGCUUGAAGCAGUACAACUAUUGUCACAUGGUGCAGCAACCAAUUCUGCAGAUGGUUCAGCUCAAGAGAUACAUCAAAAGACAGUUGCUAAAUAUGGGGUUGAGUUGCGAUCAGAGUUAUUUGGUUUAGAAGACAGCGAUGAUACACUCAGGCAGCGAAAUAUUAUAAAAGCAGCAAACUUUACAACCACAAGUACUAGUCAAGAAGACAUAGACUCACUGCUCAAAUACCAUCAGAACAUGCAAGAGAAAGUUGCGGAAAACAUGGUCAUGCUUACUAAGAGCUUGAAGGAGCAGUCACAGAUUGCGAGCACUAUUAUAAAAGCUGAUACUGAGGCGCUUAAGAAAUCAUCAGACUUGACAGACCGGAACCUCAUUUCGUUAAAAGUGGAGUCCGAAAGGCUACAGGAGCACAGUCGCGGCGCUUGGAAAUGUUGGCUAUGGCUUAUGCUUGCUGUCAUUGUGGCCAUAUUUAUAAAUAUGGUGCUGUUUAUGAAAGUGAUGAAGAAACGGAAAUAUGAUACGUAAACUAUGAUCUCGGUGGGUUUCGACAUUAUGUAAAAAAUCUAAUAUUAAAUAUUUAUUGUGUUGACAUUAGGUAUAAGUCUGUAUAUUUUGAUUUUUAGGUAGGUAUGGAUAU